GGGGGCCACUGAGCGGCGGGACCCGCCUUUUGCACCAAUGAAGAAACGAAAAGAAAAACGCUUAAUUACCGAAAUCGAAUGAAACGGAAGCUUCGAGAACAAGAACCGAAGUCCCCGCCGACGAUAGCAGAGAGAGGAGACGGCGAAGAAAUGGAGUCCCCCGAGCAGAGAAGGUAGCAUUUCAUCUCCUCCUCGGACCCUCGUCCAUCGCCGCUGCUCCACCAGGCGAAAAGCCUGCGUCUGUUUUCUUCGUCAUGUCGACUACGUUGAUUAGUAGCGGGGGAGAAGCCUCCGUGGCGGCGGCGGCGGCCGUAGUGGAGUUGGAGUUCGUGGCGUGCGACUGCUGCGGCCUCACGGAGGAGUGCACGCCGGCGUACAUCGCGAUCGUGCGGGAGCGGCACGGGGGCAAGUGGCUAUGCGGCCUCUGCGCGGAGGCCGUGCGGGAUGAGCUCCUACGCUCUGGACUCGUGAUCUCGACGGAAGAGGCCAUGGACCGGCACGCCACCUUCUGCCGGAGCUUCAGGUCCGCCAAGGCGGCGGCGGUCGACCCGUCGGAGCAGUUGAUCGCGGCCAUCAAGCAGUGCCUCCGGCGGAGCCUCGAGGCGCCGCGGGCGGUGCGAUCGACACCGAGCAGCCCCCGGACCGGUGUCGGCCUUGGGGCCCGUUCCAACUUGGUCCGGACCGGGAGCGGCUUCCCCGAUCUGCUUGGCUGAGAAGGGAGGCCGAAAAGGGAAUAAUAACAUUACGAAGAAGGUAAAUAUUCUCCCAGUUGCAGUCCAGAACAUACCAAUCUCGAUGUUCGGGUAAAUUUCACUGCCUGUACAGGUACUGCCCUAACCUCUCACAAUGAAGUGGUGGGAUCCACUACUUAAGUGUGGGUCCCAUCAUCCCAAUGUGAGAGGUUGGGGCAGUGCCUGUACAGAUAGGAUCGAAUUAACCCGAUGUUCGGAAGAACAGCUUUGUUCUAGGCCAGAAAUCUAGGUAAUUCUCCUAUUCAAUUAUUCUCAAUUGUAAAUGCUACUUUCCAGUCGCGGUAGAUGGAAGAAUUCCAUUUUCCAUAAUUUAUUUAAAGAUCUGCAAACAAAAUGAGUUUAUUGGUUGAUCGAACUUGGAACAAA